AUGAAAUUCCCACUCACCCUCCUCCUCACUCUCCUCCUCUCCCUCACCACCGGCAUCCACGGCGCCGUCAACGGCCGCUGCUCCAACGGCGGCAGCGCCGACGGAAUCUGUAUUACACGCUCCAAAUGCGCCAGCUACGGUGGGACAAGCAAUCCCGGCUCUCCAGGAGCGUAUACCUGCCCAGGUACUCCCGAUGACGUUGAGUGCUGCAGUGUCUUUACCCGAUGCCCGGGUAAAGGUACGGAUACGCUGUGCACGUGGAAUAAUCGCUGCUCGGGAAAUCCGUGGUAUGGGGUUAUUCUUUCGGAUCCGAUUUGCCCUGGAGGAAAUAGUUAUGUGUGCUGUGAUAUCAAUGGCUAGUUAUCUCGAGAGUAUAGUGGAGAAAUGAGGCUCUGAGCAGAGACCGUUAUACAGUGGGAACCAAUUUUGGAGAAGAGCAGCUUGUUGGAUGGCAUAUACGGACAUUCGUUUGACUGGACCACUGAAUUAGUUUACAGAACUUGAGAUUUUUAGGAAAAGGCUAUUUUAGGAUAUACACAUUCUGAGCUGCAAUGAAGUACAAUUUCUCGAUGGA